AUGCAACCAAGCCGACCAGGUGCCCCGUCCCAGGACCUGAUGAGUUUUUGGGGCUACAAAUUCGAAACUCUUUCACUCUUACCUGAUCGGUGGGAUCCAACGUCACGGGAUUUCAUCGAGAAUCGCGAGAACUUAAUCGUGAACAACUGUGCUCAAUAUUGCUCAAUAGUCAAGACCGGCAUCGGCAAGACGAAAUUGAUCCUUGGUGGUGAAGUUGACGCUCUCUGGGAUUGUAGACCUGUAACCCCAGAAGCACCAGUCAAUUGGGUAGAGUUGAAGACCACAGCCGAAAUCAAGAUGCCCAAGGAUAGAACCAAAUUUCAACGCAAACUCCUCAAAUUCUGGAUACAGUCAUUUCUUCUCGGUGUUCCAAAAAUAAUCGUUGGCUUUCGAAACGAGCUUGGCACAUUGCAGCGUCUGCAAGAAUUUCAGACCCAGGACAUACCUGGAAUGGUGAAGGAGACAGGCGGUUGGGAUGGAUUUGUUUGCAUCAAUUUUACGGCAGCAUUCCUUGAAUGGUUGAAAGAAGUAGUUUCGAGCGAUGGGAUUUGGCGCAUCCGGAGACAGGAACGGUCGCAGGUAAUCGAGGUAUUCAAGUUAGAAGAGUCUGGGAACGGGGACAUCUUGUCACGGCAUUUCGUUGACUGGAGGACGAAGGCGCAGGAUAUCAAAUCCGCAAAGGCAAGUCUAUUGGCUGCCACCAACACUGGUUAA